AUGGCUGGAGUCAGUCUUCCAAUCACUCAAUCAAUAACUAUUGAUAUUCCUAUUCUUAAUGAUGAUAAUCACAAAGAGUGGAAAGACGUUGUUCUAUUGAAUUUGGAAAUAUUAGGGUUUGAUUAUGCUAUCCGCAAUGAGAAGCCUCUUGAGCUUACUACGGAAAGCACUGCGGAACAAAAAACGCUAUACGAGCGAUGGGAAACAGCCAAUCGCUUAUGCGUAUUUCUCAUUAAGUCCAAAAUUGCCAAAGAGAUUCGUGGUCCCGUCGAUGAAAUUGAGGAAAUUAAGCCAUUACUUGAGGCCAUCGAUGAGCAAUUUGUUGACGCGAACAAAUCUUUGACAAGUACCCUGAUAAUGAACUUUAUCAAUAUGCGUCUUUCCACUGUCAAGGGAACGCGGAAACACAUCAUGCAACUCAGGGACAUUGCGGCUCAAUUAAAGAAGUUAAAAGUUAUUCUUCCGCAUGCCUUUGUGGUGCAUUUUGCACUAAAUACCCUAUCUCAGGAAUAUAACGCAUUUAAAAUUUCCUAG